GUUGCGUGCGGACGUCACACGCGUUCUUCGUUUAAGUGACUUCGUGACAGUGAAUAAAAUAUAUCGUGACUGUGAAAGUGUUUUGAUAUGAAAAUUUGUUUCUAAUAAUAAAAAGCCGUAUAAAUGAUGGGUGUAAGCAGUUGUAUGAGUGUGCGGCAAGCCAGGGGCGCCUGCCACUGUCCCGCUUGCCCUAGGGCUUCGGGACACGGGGCGAUGCCGCCGCAGACUUUGGUUUUGCCUCCGAUGGCGUUGGAGCCCGAAGCAACCCCGGUUAAAGACAAAAAGGGAUCGAAAAUGAAAGUUUUGAAGAAGAUUAAGAAGAAAAUCGGACUUGGUAAGUCUUCGCCUCGGACUACGUGCACUGGUGGGACGCCGAACAAUCUGCCACCACUAACCUUCAAUUCUGUUCAUGGUGAGAACAUUCGCAUCUCCAGAGAUGGAAGUAUUGCUCGGCGUGUUGAGUCCUUCUGCAAGGGCGUCGCGUUCAGUGCCAGACCUGUGCGAGUUAACGAAAAGAUUUGCAUUCGAUUCAUCGAAGUAUCGGACAGUUGGAGUGGCGUCAUCAGAUUUGGCUUCACGUCCCACAAUCCAGAAACUUUGCCUCAUCCGAUACCAAAAUAUGCUUGUCCGGACCUCACCAACAAACCAGGCAGUUGGGCAAAGGCUUUAGGGGAGAGGUUCUACGAUAAAGACAAUCUAUUACAUUACUAUGUCACGUCAAAUGGCGACGUCCACUUCGGCAUCAACGGCGAAGACAAAGGCUGCUUCUUCUCCAACGUGGACACCCGAAGUCCUCUAUGGGCUCUGGUAGAUGUUUACGGUAACUGCACAGCCGUACAAUUCGUUGAUCCAAGGAUGCCCCAAGCCACCCACGUCUCCCCCGUUGUCGAAGACAGGCUGAUCGGUAGUAUGCGAUCGUUGUCAGUGGAGGAACCAUUGCCGAUACCAAGAUACAAGAACCCCCUAGUGCCCCUGAACCUCCAUAGAAUGAUGGGCAGGAAUGUCCAGUUCGUCAACGAGAGGGGAAUCGCUGCCCGUGUACCGUCCGAGUUCUGCCAGGGCUACGUCUUCACAGCUCGCCCGAUGCGGCCCGGCCAAACGAUCAUCGUGCAAAUUCUAUCUACAGAUGCGGAGUAUUCUGGAAGUUUAGCUAUUGGCCUGACGUCUUGCGAUCCAGCUACCCUCAGGACCUGCGACUUGCCGGACGAUGCUGAACAGCUUUUGGAUCGGCCGGAGUACUGGGUUGUUAGAAGGGAUGCGGCAAACGAUCUGAGAAGGGGAGACGAGCUGGCCGUCACUCUCACCUUUGAUGGAGAGGUUCGGAUUGGCGUUAAUGGAUCGGCGCCUGUAACAGUGAUGCACGUGGAUCAUACAUUGAAGUUGUGGGCGUUUGUGGAUAUAUAUGGCGCGACUCAGAAAGUCAGGAUGCUGACGUCACAAGUGAUGCAAGCGCAGACGCCGCCGCAGCAGUUGCGAGUCCUGACGCGUUCUGCAGCCCCAAUUGCGGGUAGCAACGGCGGGACUGUGCUGGUCGUCAGUCUUCCACCUCAAAAUGGAGCUCAGAAUGCUGUCAACCAUCAGCAGGGCUUGACCUUGGCCAGUGCUCAUUACAUUGAGCCAAUCCAGUCAUCUUCCCAAGUGUGCGUCACAAGUCUGCCGAUAGCAUCUCAAUCCCAAACAUGCUCAUCUUACCAACGUCCGAGAGAAGUCUGCUCCACAAGCCAAAACAACUCUAACGAACAAGUCCGCCUACCAAACGGCCACUCAGAAAUAAGAUUGGACCGAUAUCAAAAUGGUCCAUCAACCAGCAGACCGUCCACUUCCCACCAACCAAUAUACUCAGUCAUCGGAGAAGGCCUCACAGGCACAGAGUGCACAAUCUGCUACGAGAACCCAAUCGAUAGUGUUCUAUAUAUGUGUGGACAUAUGUGUAUGUGCUAUAGAUGUGCGGUGCAACAAUGGAGGGGCAAGGGGGGUGGUCAGUGCCCUCUCUGUAGAGCACAGAUCAAAGAUGUCAUACGCACUUACAAAUCGUGAGUCUAUGGUCAUUUGACAGUUGUCACUGUCAAUCUCGAAUGCCAAAAACGAGGUUUUGUAUAUAAACCAUGACAGAAUGUAAUAUAUUUGAGUAAUUGAGAUUUAGGACACAUAAAUGGAGUAUUACUAUAAUAUUUAAUCUAUGACAGCUUGACACAAUAAAGCACAAUUUGAUAACGAAAUAACAAUUCAGUGAAAUGUUUAAUUGCACUAGGUUUUAAGGUAUACGAGGUUUAAAACUUCUAUGAGAGUUAGCUAUGCUAGGCAAAUAGUGUUCCUAGGAUGUACUAAACGUAGGGCAUAUAGGCUGUAACAUCGACGUCCUCAUUCGUGAUAUUGCAUUUAUUAUACGAUUUUCUACUAUACAAUAAAGCUAUACAGAGACAAUUUUAAGCGGGAAUUGUCAUCUGUCACAUUCGAUUUUGACAGUUCGCGCCUAAACUUGACUGAAUUUCUAGGAGUUCCUCUCGUAAAAAUCACUGAUUGAUGUUUGUUUUUAAAUGAUUUUUCGUAUAUCACUAUAUGAUUUAAAAUAUCCGUGCAGUGAAGAGAUACUUCUAAAAAUUUUCGGAUAAUCUAAAUAUUGUCGAAUUGUUUAGAAAAUAAACAUUCGUGUUACAGGAAUUUCAGUCCAUUGAUAAAUCAGGAAUUGAUAUUAACCAUUCCUCUUUGCUCAAGUUUUUAGGCAUAUUUGUGCACACAUAUCAUUUAAUGCUUAUUGUGUUUAGCAGUAUCCACUACAACAUAAUUUAAAAAAAUCAUUAUAAUUAAAAAAAAAAUGUAUCAACAAAACAGUCCGUUAGUGUCUAAACUAAAUAAGUCUAAUUGCACUCUUUGAACUGAAGCACUAUAUUGGUCUCUUUCUGUCAAACUGUAUUUACCCUAUGAUGAAAGGAGAGAGAAUGUUUAAACAGUACAAUUAUUCAUAUUUAAUGUUUAUGAAUUAGUACUUUUCCUACAUUUUUGGACAGCGUUUUGAAAUUCGCACUUUUCAAUUCUUUGUUUCCUUCUAUAAUCAUUCCUAUUAAUACAGCCAGUAUGUUAACUGAACUCGGAUUUGACUUUAUUAUUUAUUGAUAGUGUAAGAUUAUAUUAGUCAUUGGGUACGGCCAUUUUGACAUUCAACUCAAAAUGUCUGUGUUCAAUGUGUACUUUACCAAAACAAUGUGACCAGUAAUGAUUUUAAACCAAAUUAUUUUUGUUAAUGUGACAUUUUAAAUAUUAAUUUAUGAGAUAUUAAGUGCAGGAUAUUUACUGUUGAUUAAAGCUAAUUAAUUUUAAUGUGUAUUUAGAAAUUUAUAAUAACAUUUUAACACACUCAAGAAUAUAUAUUUAAUUUUAUAUCGGAUACACAGAUUGUGUAAUAUUAUCUUUCAUAUGUGUAUUUUUGUGUAACGGACAGUUAUUGUAAAACCUAGAUGGAAUAUCCUGGGCUUAAGACAUAAUUUUUAUUGCAAUUAAUUGUAGGCAGGUACUAGGUCUUACUUACUUAAAUAAGCCUCAAAUAUAUGUUAAGACCAUAAAGGUACCAAGUUUGUGAUAAGUUUUAUUUUUUAAUGGUCACUGUAUAGCGUUGUCAUCUAGUCGUUAGUAAUUUAUUUUUUUUUUCUUUCAAAAUUUUCAUUUGAUUUCAAUGUUGGCAUUUAGAUUAAGUUUACAAAUAAAAUGGUUAUCAAAAUUA